AUGAGUGAAGCUGAACGAGAGCUGGAGACAGCAAUCCGUUUGCUGUCUCAAAAGCGAGGCAGGGUCGAGUUUGGCGAUGCAGGGGUAGCUCGAGCGCAUGGGAUCCUACAAGAUCUGUCAAGGAGGAUGCUAAACUCAUCAGCCGUCUUGUUGGCCCUGUCAGACGCGAACAUAAUGCAAGGAAAACUUGAAUCCGGACUACAGGUUCUUGAAGGGUUGACGGGGGACUUGUUCUCAAGAACAUCAAGUUCCAAUCUAUUCGCAAGAACAAGCAGCUCUGCAUCAGCGAAUGUGAAGAAUGACCUGUGGAUCAAGAUUGCUUCCAGGAAACGAAAAGCUUCACCUGAUCUCCCGAACCUCGAUUCAGAAGAUACAGAUGACCUUCCGUUUUCUGCUGGUGCCCUCAGGCGAGCACAAUUAGUCUAUUCGGAGCUUGUCAAGGAAGGAUUCCUUGAUCUGCGACUGCGGCUGUACAUUGCCUUUAUCAUGAAAUACUUGGGCGACUUCACCUUGUUCGAGAGCUUGCUGCGGCAUCCAGAUAUCGACGAUCAUUUCUAUUUCCGUUACGUAGCCGACUCGCAGCACUGUGAUUGGUUUGACUACAAGUCGAGGUGUUGGUUUCAGCUUCCAUACCUAAAGUGGUUGACAUCCAAUCCUCAAGAAACAGACAUGAACAAAUUGAAGAUACAGUAUUUCUCAUCUUUACUUUCCUGCGGGAACACUAACCAGUCGAAACAGCAUGGAGAAUCAUUUGAAUCGUUUGUGCAAGAGGAAAACUUGAUUGACACUUUCUUGAAAGAAAUCAAUGAAGAAUUCACGCAAUGGAGAGUCUUCAGGGGCCAUCUACUCAUUCGAUAUGGAAAGUUAAAAGCUGCAUACGGCGAUUUGGAGCAAGCGAGUGGAAGUCAUUGCAUUGGUAACCUCGAAUUCAGUCGACUGCUUGGUAUCGCGCACAUACACUUGAGAAAGCUAGAGAUAGAGAAAGCUCAGACUCAUUACGAAUCUAUACUCUCUUCCUCGUCGCUGGAUGUCCAUGAGAAAUAUGCAGACUUUCAAAUGAUGGACAGCGAAAUCCUUGGAAUGUCAGCAAGAGUGGGAAGAGCGAUCUGCUUGAGACUCAAAGGCAAAACAAAUGAACAGAAGAACGAGCUGACACAAAUCAUUGCACGCAACACGCAACUUUUUGAUCCUAGCUACCUGACUCUGAUGUUUCAGAUGUUUGAUAACAAUCUCGACGCUGCGAAAGAUUUGUUGAACAACCUUCAUAAGCUCACAGAUGGGAAAACGUACUGCUAUCACUACACGCUAAAACCCAUACUGCUAGAACAUGAUUUAAGAGAUGAUUCCGAAAUCGUGAAAUUGAAAGACGACUCUAUGUACAUGGAUCGAAUUCUAGAUCUAGUUUACAAUCAGUCCGUACAAGCAGACAACGCCGAACUUAUAUGGAUCGCAGUCCUCGAUCUUAUUGUUGAGGGUCAGUUUGCAGGCGCAUUGAACAUUCUGGAACACAUGAUGCACUGCGAAAGCACUGCCAACACAUCGAUACAACAUGUUGAAUUUCAUUUUGAUAAAUACCAAGAAUAUUGCAAAAGCAUGGAUAAUCAAGUUCUGAAAAUCUCACCCACGAACGAUUAUUUGGAUAAUGAGCUGAGAGCUAUUUUUCAUCUACGGAGGGGGCGAUGGCUGGAGAAGAAUUUAAAGAUGACUUUCGAAGCCUUCGGCGAGUAUUCCAUGGCACUUGAACUGUUGAAUCUCUCGACCAGGAAAAAUUCUAUCAAUGUCAAGCGAAAAGCUUUCUUUAAACGAUUUCGUCUAUUUCUACACAAGGGAAAUUAUUCCGAUGCCAUGAUGGAUCUUAAGUCGUGCAUAGACUUUGCAAACAUACUUGUGCAGACAACGUCGUCUAGAAAUGACUAUGCCAAGGCUUCAUUGAACAGAAGUCUUCAGAAGUAUCAUUUCAAUUUGGGGUUUGUGUCCUUUUGUGUUGGACAGCACGAACAGGCGGAGAUGUCAUUCACUAUCUCUCUAGGCCAUGACGACUUUGUCUCUCGAUCUCACGCCUACCUCGGACUCAUUUAUUCUAAGCAGCCAUCAAAGGCUGCGGAAGCCAUAAAGAGCCUCAAGCAGAGUUUGAAGGGCGCGGAUGAGUUAAAAGAGAACGAAAGAGAAGUCAGAUUGGCCCUGGCAGGGUUGUUAAUGCAACAUACAGUUGAAUACAAAGGUGCAAUACAGCAGUAUUCUCAAGUCGUGAAAUCUCACCCUACAGAUCUGCUUACGCGCUCACUGAGAGCGAACUUGUAUUUCCUGCAGGGAAUGUUUCAAGAAGCACUUGAGGAUUAUUCUCAUUGCUUGAAACUUCCUGGGGAAGGCACUGGCAAUAAUUCAUUGGACUUGAGCUCCUUGCGCUAUUUUCGAGGAUGCUGUUAUCAGAAAUUGGAAAAGUUCUCGGAAGCAAAGAAGGAUUUCGAGAUGAUACAUUCAGAAAAGAAGAAUGAUUCCGAUUUUCUUCAGAGCCUUGCUGCUGUUUAUGAAGCUUGUGGUCAGAUAGAAUCAUCAAUAGAAACCUAUUCCUCCCUCGUUGAGAUUCUGGGGAAGCGUGACAAGACGGAGGAAUACAUUCGAAUUCUAAGGCAUCGGGCGAAGUUGUGCACAAUUUGUGAUCAAGAGACAUGGGCAAUCAAAGACCUAAGUAAAAUCAUUGCGAUGAGACCGAAGGAUGCAGAAGCACAUUACGAGAGAGGUUCGUUGAUCAAAGUCACUCACUUGGACGCACCCACAGCUUCCGAUGAACCACACCAUGUCCAGCUACGCAUGGCAAUCGAUGAUUUUGCUUGCAUAGAAAGUGGUCACCCCCUCUACGUGAAGGCUCGGAUCAAAUUGAAGGCUGUUUGUAACGCAUUGGGUAUUCCAACUGAGGAAGAGUUCAAAGAGCAGCUCAUUAAGAUUGAGAAAAAUCGCAUUGAUGGAAUCGAUCCCGAUUACGUCAUGGAAUAUGUUCUGAAGAUGUCACAAGAAAUCCAACAAGAUGCUGCAAGUGGACUGAGAAAGUUCAAUGUUCGAUGGAACAAAAGUGUAGUGAACCAUGAAACAAAGAAUGAAAACGCACGACAAGUGGACAUUAUUGCAAGUUUAGAUGGAACUUACUGCAUUUCAGAACAUAGAAGAAUAAUCUACGGGGGCAUCAAAUCCAAGUAUUGCGUGUUUGAGAGGGAACUAUCUCAACAAGAUCAUUACCCUUUCAAGAUGCGCUUCAAAGUCUCAGGAGAUUCACAUGAAGUGCAUUUCAUCUGCCAAGACCAGGAAUCUAGAGAUACGAUAUUCAGGACUCAUCAUCGAUUGUCAUACACCUCCGAUACCGGCUCGAUGUACAGGACACCAAUUCACUUGAUGAAAGAGCUUUCUCUCAAACAUAGUAAAGAUGAGAAGCUUCAAUAUCAUUUGGCAAGGUUACAAGAAGAAGAUGGAGACUUUGAAUCUUCGAUCAGAUCCUACUUGAACUCUUUGAGACUUGUCUCUCCUUCUUCUCUUCUCAAAGAUUCCUACUCAGAUGAGUUUCAGCGCUAUCACCAUACUCUGCUCCAGUACAUCCCAGAGCUCUCGCUUGCUAUGUUAUUGCCUUGGAAUGGAAACUCAAGUGCCAAUAGAAUGAAGUCAAAGGUUUUCUACAGACUUGGCUCGAUUGAAAUCAAGCGUUCAGCCCUUUCCGAUUCCCCCAGCACUUUGAACGAGUUUUCCAAAAAUGUUCUGGAGGUUUCAAUGCUACUAGACCGAAAUUUGCUUCAGCCCAAUAUUCUGCUUGGAAAACAUUUCAUGCAGGAGAAAAAGUUUGAAACCGCCAUUCAAUAUUUUCAGAAUGUGAUAAGAAUCAACAAAGAUAUGCCGGAAGCUUACAAUAACCUGGGAGUUGCGCUGGACUGUGUUGGUAGAGAGUCAGAAGCUCUGGAAGCAUUCGGAAAGGCACUGAGAGACAAAUCAAACUUAUAUGUGGCUGAGUGCAACAUCAUUAUGAUUAAGUUGCGACAAGUAAUCUCGAGACAAGAGGCAUCAAGUGUGAACAACCGGCUCGACCAAUUGAUAAACACUAAAAGCUUAUCGAAUUCAUUCAUCUUUACAUUGCGAGGUUUGAGCAAACGAAAACUGAUAACUUUAUUGCAAGACGAUGCAGAAGCAAAGACAAAACUGACGAGUGAAAUGCGAAAAGAUUUCAAGACAGCUUUGAAACUAGAUCCUAUGAAACAGCAAGCAAGGAUGGGACUGAUCUUGUCUUAUCUUGAAGAAUUUGAGGUGCAGUCAGCCAUUGAGUUGCUCGGGAGUUUUCAAGAUCCAUCAGGACAGCCUGGUAGCAGGAAGGAACUCAUCGUGACUGCUCUCAAGCUCAAGUCUUAUUUCGUGAAACCCGUCGCUACCUUUCUGCAUGUGCUUCGCAUGACCCCUGACAUAGAAGAGACCACUCUGCUCCAUCCAAGCGCAGAAUUUGAAGAAUUCCGGAUCAUAGAUCAAUAUCUUCUCAGAUAUCUGCAAAACUCUGCAUUUUCGGUCCAGAUGACACAUCAUUCCUUGCAGAAAUUCAAGAAGCAGAUACAAAUUAUUGUGUAUGGCUUUGAACAAGAUCUUUGCGCCAAAGUGAUUAAGAGCCUAGACAAAAUACUGAUGAUGAGUGAAUGCAAUGAUUACUUGAAGAUUCUUUGUUUGAUGAAACGAACUUUGGCCCAUGAAAGGGUUGGAAACCUGAGACAGGCUGCUACUGAUGCGUUAAUGGCCCUCGAAAUGUUAGGCCUGAACCUUUCAAAGCAGCAAGACAAGCAUCAUUCAUUUCCGACAUGUCAAGGCGACCUGUCUACCUCACUGCUAUAUGCGUUUCUCUGCUAUACAGGAAACUUGCAUGAAAGUGACAAGAUACGCAACUACAAACUAGCGAAACACAUAUACCGAACAGCAACAAUCAUUGAACCAGACAAAGUGUUGGGAUAUUUAAACUUAGGAAAUUUAUACAGGAAACGCUUGAAAUUUUUACAUUGCAUGCAAUCCUACCUUGAUGCAAUGAGAUGUAAUGCCGCAAAUGGGAGAAAAACAAACUCUGAGUUUGCUGUCCAUCUGGAGCAGACUUACGAAUUAUGUACAAAGUACUUUGAAUCUAUGGUAGCCAAGAUGAAGGGCAAUGCUGCUGAGCAAGUCAUUGAAUUAUCAUCCCUUGAAGGAGACUUGCUUCUGAUUGAGCAACGAAUUAAUCGAAUUCAAGCUCCGUCGAGAAGCGUCCGAAUGAGUUUGAAACGUGCCAGUCACGUGUUGCUCCAAAAUGGAGAUAGUGUCCUUAAGGAGCUCCAUACAAAGGGUGCUACAUGCAGAGAGAUCACAGAAAAAUCCUUUCUAUUUGAAGACUUCUAUGCAGCAUUCAAUUCGUUCUCUGAUGUCUUGGAAUCGAUUGUGAGUGACGAUGACAAGCAGAAGCUCGACAAAGAAUUAGAGGAUGACGAUGUCCUGAAAAACAUCGAGAAUGUCUUUGCAAACAAAGAGUAUGCCUUCUUGUCGCAGGCUCUGGAAUUUUGGUCUCGAGCAAGCAUAAGAUGGUAA